AUGCCGUAAGGCAGCCCUUCGCGCCGUCGCGACUCUGCCGUGCGUCGCGGGAGCCGGGAGGCGUGGGCCAUGGCUGCUUUGAGGCCGGGGUGGAGGACAGCUCUCUCUCCUUUCUGCCGCGCCUUCACUGGCCCCCGCUAUCAGCUCGCCCCCGAGCGCGGCGCUGAGCGCAGGGAUGCGGCACCGAGCCGGGUCUCAAGAUUCUGUCCUCCAAGAAAAUCUUGCCAUGAUUGGAUAGGACCCCCAGAUAAAUAUUCAAACCUUCGACCUGUUCACUUUUACAUCCCUGAAAACGAAUCACCAUUGGAACAAAAGCUAAGAGAAUUAAGACAAGAAACACAAGAAUGGAACCAACAGUUCUGGGCAAACCAGAAUUUGACCUUUCGUAAGGAAAAAGAAGAAUUUAUUCACUCAAGACUAAAAGCUAAAGGCCUGGGACUGAGAGCUGAAUCAGGUCAUAAAGCAACAUUGAAUGCAGAAGAAAUGGCUGACUUUUAUAAGGAAUUUUUAAGUAAAAAUUUUCAGAAGCACAUGUAUUAUAACAGAGACUGGUACAAGCGCAAUUUUGCCAUUACCUACUUCAUGGGAAAAGUGGCCCUGGAGAGGAUUUGGAACAAGCUUAAACUGAAACAAAAGAAGACCAUCAAUUAGGAGCCCACCCCAACCCACCCGCCUAGCGUCCAAGUUUCCACGAGAAGCGGCUGGUUGUAGGACUGCAUUUUAUGAGGGCUCUAAAAACCUGUAAGUGAUCUGAGUCCCACACCUUUACGGGGGCCUCUUGGCUUAUGUUUCACUGCCGGGUGGGCUGGGACAACGCGGGUCCUGGGGCACUGUGGGCCACAUGGCCCCUCCCGACUGUGGACUCCAGGCUGGCUCUCAGUCACAGAUGUCAUAGUAAAUAAAAACCCAAGCACUGUGUGCCCGUUUUCUGUGUUUUUGAAAUAGAACAAUAUAAAAAUAUUAAUAAAAUUUCACUUGAAAAAGU